AUGAAUCUGGUGCUGAGAAAAUGCCUUCUCCAUGUGGCUGUGAUGGGUGCUCUUCUGGCUGUGGGGACCACAGAAGGACCCAGAGACCAGGACUGGCGUGGUGUCCCAAGGCAGCGCACAACUAAAACUUGGAACAGGCAGCUGUAUCCAGAGUGGACAGAAAUCCAGGAGCCUGACUGCUGGAGAGGUGGCCAAGUGUCCUUGAAGGUCAGUAAUGAUGGGCCUACGCUGGUUGGGGCAAAUGCCUCCUUCUCUAUUGCCCUGCACUUCCCCAAAAGCCAAAAGGUGCUGCCAGAUGGGCAGGUCGUCUGGGCCAACAACACCAUCGUCAAUGGGAGCCAAGUGUGGGGAGGACAGCCAGUGUAUCCCCAGGUACCUGAUGAUGCCUGCAUCUUCCCUGAUGGGAGGGCCUGCCCAUCUGGCCCUUGGUCUCAUACAAGAAGCUUUGUUUAUGUCUGGAAGACCUGGGGCCAAUACUGGCAAGUUCUGGGGGGCCCAGUGUCGGGGCUGAGCAUUGUGACAGGCAAGGCAAUGCUGGGCACACAUACCAUGGAAGUGACUGUCUACCACCGCCGGGAGUCCCAGAGCUACGUGCCCCUUGCUCACUCCUGCUCAGCCUUCACCAUUACUGACCAGGUGCCCUUCUCCGUGAGUGUGUCCCAGCUGCAGGCCUUGGAUGGAGGGAACAAGCACUUCCUGAGAAAUCAUCCUCUGACCUUUGCCCUCCGGCUCCAUGACCCCAGUGGCUAUUUGUCUGGGGCUGACCUCUCCUACACCUGGGACUUUGGAGACCAUACUGGGACCCUGAUCUCUCGGGCACUUGUGGUCACUCACACUUACCUAGAGUCUGGCCCAAUCACUGCCCAGGUGGUGCUGCAGGCUGCCAUUCCUCUCCCUUCCUGUGGCUCCUCCCCAGUUCCAGUCACCACAGAUGGGCACGUGCCAACCGCAGAGGCCCCCGGCACCACAGCUGGGCAAGAGCCUACUGCAGAAGUUGUAAGUACGACACGUGGUCAGGUGCCAACUGCAGAGCCCUCUGGAACCACAGCUGUGCAGAUGCCAACCACGGAGAUCACUACGCUUGUACAGAUGCCCACUACAGAGGUCAUAGGUACUACAACUGAGCAGGUGCCAACCUCAGAGGUCACAGGUACCACACUCGCAGAGACCAUAGGUACAACACCUGAAGGCUCAACCGCAGAGCCCUCUGGAACCACAGCUGCACAGGUAACAACUGAAGAGUCGGUGGAGCCCACAACUGGAAAGGUACCCACACCUGAGCCUGAGGGUCCAGAUGCCAACCCAUUCGUGCCUACAGAAGGUAUAGCAGGUUCCCAGAACCCCCUGCUGGAUGGCGCAGCUACCUUAAUCCUGGCAAAGCGACAGACCCCCCUGGAUUGUGUUCUGUAUCGAUAUGGCUCCUUUUCUCUCACCCUGGACAUUGUCCGGGGUAUUGAGAGUGCUGAGAUCCUGCAGGCUGUGCCAUCCAGCGAAGGGGAUGCAUUCGAGCUGACGGUGUCUUGUCAAGGAGGGCUGCCCAAGGAAGCCUGCAUGGACAUCUCAUCAGCAGGGUGCCAGCCCCCUGCCCAGCGGCUCUGUCAGCCUGUGCCGCCCAGCCCAGCCUGCCAGCUGGUUUUGCACCAAGUCCUGAAGGGUGGCUCAGGGACCUACUGCCUCAAUGUGUCUUUGGCUGAUGCCAACAGUCUGGCAAUGGUCAGCACCCAGCUUGUAAUGCCUGCUGUGCCUGGGAUUCUGCUCACAGGUCAAGAAGCAGGCCUUGGACAGGCUCCCCUGUUCAUGGGCCUCUUGCUGGUGUUGAUGGCUGUGGUGCUUGUAUCGCUGGUAUACAGGCGAAGACUUCUGAAGCAGGGCUCAGCCCUCCCCCUUCCCCAGCUGCCACGUGGUAGCACCCAGUGGCUGCGUCUGCCCCGGGUCUUCCGCUCUUGCCCCAUUGGUGAGAACAGGCCCCUCCUCAGUGGGCAGCAGCAGGUCUGAGUAAUCUCAUGUGAUGCUGUGAUUUGCCCAGCGUGGACAGCAAUGCUUAUCUUUCCUCCAGUCUUCCCUUGGAGACUACCAUUACCUGAA